AUGCCUCCUUUACAGCAAAACCAGAAAUUUGAGAAACGACAAGCUCGCAGGCAAGAUCCUAUUCAAAAAAACACUUCGAGGAGAACACCAAAUAAACAAGAACAACCUGUACACUCACACAUGGGUACAGAACGACCUUCUCCUUAUUCAACGCCUUCGGAACAACCUCCCCUUUCACGCAUGGAGAUCCAACUACCUUAUUCAACCUUACCUACACAUGUUGUUAUGACCCCUGAUCAACGAUCUCAGUCUGAUAUCACUUGGUAUGGCUCCGUUCCUGCGAAGUCUACAGAUCCUCGACAGUCUUGGCCGAGUCAAAAUCCUCAUUAUAAUAUACGAUACGAUUGGCCACAGCAUUCGAUGCAUCCGCAAUCUACAUGGCUUCCUCGUCCUUCUCGAUAUUUAAACGUUCAAAAUAACGAUUGGCGUUCACGUUCGCAAAAUGAUGAUAAAGCUUCUCCGUGGCCUGUUGAUAAUUGGGAAUUACGUCCAUCUAAUGUCUCUACUACUAAUCAAUCAAAUAAGUCUGAUCUUGUUUCUUCAUCUAAGAGUAAUGAUUGGCAAAGUGAAGAUAGGUCUUCUCCUUGGGGACAGGCCGAAAAUUGGGAAUUGCGAUCAUCUAAUGUCUCUAAUUCUGUUCAAUCUGAUUUGUCUUCUUCUCAAAAUAACAAUUGGCGAUCGCAUUCACCAAAUAUUAAUGGGUCUUCUCAUUGGCAACCUGUAAAAAAUUGGGAAUUACAACCACCACCUAAUAUCUCCAGUCCUCCAUUAUCUGAUAUGAUUGUACCAUUUCAAAAUAAAGAUUGGCAACUACAUUCUCAAAAUUUCAAUGGUUCUUCUCCGUGGCAACAAGUUAAAACCUUACAAUUUCAACAACCAAAACUAAAUUUGAUUCAAAAUGAUGAAUGGCAUUCAUAUUCUCCAAAUGAUGAUAUGCCCUCUCCUUGGAAACUAACUGAAGGCCUGGAAGUAAAAUCAUUAAACGUUACUAGUUCUAUGCAAUCCGAUAUUGUUACAUCUUCGAAAAGAAAGCCUGUUCAAAAAGGUGUUUCAAAGAUAGUAAAAAAGCCUAAUAUAAAAGUAAAAUCUAGUGUUAAACAUACUUUUAAAGACUUGAACUCUUUAAAGAACGCAGUCGAAGAUAACGCUCCACUCUUUAUCUUUGCGGAAGAACAAGCUACUACAUCUAAAAGAGAGACUUUUGUAAAAACAAACGAUUUGUUAAAUAAUGCUAGUUCUUCAAUAGUUCUAACUUCCCCCGCACAACAAACGGACGCAUCACAAUCUUUACAUGCUGAUUUUGUUACCACAGCGAAAAGAAAACGUAGUCAAAAUAAAGACCUAAAAUCAGGAGAAAAUUUUAAUGUAAAAUCUAACUGGAAUGACAUAAAUAAUUUGAAACCUUCUCCUAAUAUCCUAGUUCUGAAAAAACCUGAUGUGAACAAGGAAACUUCACAUAAAGUUGAAGAAAAAUUUGUUAAUAAUAAUGACUCAGCUUUUAUGAUUCGCGAAGAACAGACCCCCCAAUCUAGCUGUGAUGAUUUAAUAUCAUCCGAUUAUUUAUUAAGUAGUCCCAUACAAGCUUGUUCGGACUCGCAACAAAUCGAGGAAGAAUCGCGACCAGUACAGGUCGAUUUGGAUUUAAGAAAAGUUGAAGAAGAAUUAAAACUCGUGCAAGUCGAUUUGGACUUAAAAGUUGAAGAAUUAAAACCCGUACAAAUCGAUUUGAACUCAAAAAAAGUUGAAGAAGAAUCAAAACCCGUACAAGUCGAUUUGGUUUCACCAACGAAAAGAAGUUUGAGCCCAAAAAACAGCUCGAAACCGGGACGUAAGCCAGGUGUAAAACAAAAUCGAAAAGAUCAAAAAUCUCUGAUAACUGCUCAAAUUAAAAAUAGUGUAAGAGUAACGUCACGUAAAGGCAAAGAAAAGGUGGUUGAUAAUGCACUAGUAGUUAGGUCAACUGAAGAACAAGCAUCUACUUCUAAUGGGUUUGAGUCAACGUCAGCAAAUAUUUCAUUAAAUGGUAGAGCUGGAUCUUCUACUGAUGCGUCUAGAAUACAAUCAAAGCCCAUGACAAAGGCGGCAGAAUCCUUAUUCAAUUUCUAUCAAUCUCUAAAACCACCAUCGCCAGAACUAACAAGAGAACAAAUGUUGAGACUUGGAACAUACAUUUUUGAUGAACUUUUGUCGACAUCAUACGCUCGCCCGUUUGUAAAUCCCGAAGCAGAAGAUGCAUAUUAUUAUAGGUCAAUAAUUAAAGAUUUGAUGGACUUAAACACAGCAGAACGUAAACUUUGGGCUAGAUGUUAUUCUUCUCCAUUAGACUUAUAUAAAGACAUUUGUCAAAUCAUGUAUAAUGCAUUUAAAUUUCACCGAGAAGGAAUUUCUAAAGCUCUGGCCGAAAAUAACGUACCUCUUCCUCAUGAAGAUUUCAGGAAACUUUCUAUUUGUACUCCUCAUGCUGAAAGCCGAAUUUAUAUUACGACAUUGUUUACUUUUCUCGAAAAUAAUAAAGCUGGUCCACAUCGUAAGCUUAAAGAAUCUGUAAUUGAUAGAUUGGACCCUUUGGCGCGCCCUCUUGGCGAAAUAAUGAACUUAGAGCUUCUACCAUUAAUGGAAUUCGAUCCAUCAGUGUCAACCUGUAAUUUUGGGCGAUUGUACGUUGUUUCUGGUCGGUCAUCUCUCGCACAAUGUAGAGAUGAUAAAAACGCUAUUCUAGUUAUACUCAAAAAUAUCAGAUACACUAGAGGUGAAGAAUUAUUACAAUGUGACGCUCUUAUUGCAAAACCUUUUGGGGACCUACAUUUAUUAGAUAGUAUGCAAUUUCCUGAAUUAGUCGAUGCAAGAGCAUGGGUUAAAUGUGCAUUUAUAAAUCGAGUAACACUUGAUCUUAAAAUUACGCGAAAAUUCUAUGAUAAAUGUGUAAAGUCUACUUUUCAAGUUGUAGAAUAUCAAAAGGAAUUGCUGACUCCUGAAUUUCAUGAUGCUUUACUUGAUGCUUUACAGUUAAGGCAACAAGAAGAUGCAAUAAUCGAACCUCAAACUCCUCAAUCUAUUUGGGAACAUCUUGUUAAGGAGGCAAAAGCACGAAAUGUUCCUAUUGAAUGUUUUCAUGAUCUCGGAAACAUUAAAAUCGAGGCCGAAGGGACUUUCAAAAGAGUGUUUCAUUUUGCCGAUGACACUAGUUUCGUUGUUCAAAACUUUAAGCAAAUCACGUCAGAUACAUUGGAAACUCGUGUUAGGGAGGCUCAAACUCUGAAAGAUUAUGCUUUCAAUUCAAGGCGUGUCUUAACGGGUGAACAAAAAUAUAAGCUCAUUGUCGAUAUGCUACGAGGUAUCCGAGCCAUUCAUCAAGCCGGCUUUGCACACCGGGACCUUUCCGAGGUUAAUAUGAUGGUAUCGGAGACUGGCGAAAAAUUGAAGGAUGGUAGCAUAAUGCCGGAAUUAGUCAUAAUCGACUUUGGUAAAGCUGAAUUUGUCCGACCUAUUGACGUUAAAAGGUAA